UUCCGUAAAGGAGCGCUUUUGUACAAUAUCUUGUUUAUUUUCAGUUGCGGUUUAUUUGUGUAAUAGCUUCGUUUGUUAGUCAAGAGCAUUCUUGAAUAAGUAUUUCCUUUGAGAAUUACAAGUUUAUAUAAAAGCAAAAGAUGACUGAUCAUGAGCGCAACGUAUAUGCUAAACUGGAGGCGAUUAAAGAAAUCAGGGGGAAGACCAUUCAGCUGGAGAAACUUAAAGCAAAGUUAAUUUUGGAGAUUGAAGGACAAGACCAGGAGGAGAAAUGCUUAUCAGAGUACAAAUCAGAAAUGGAAAUGCUCUUACAAGAAAAAAUGUCUCAUGUUGAGGAACUGAGGCAAAUCCAUGCAGACAUCAAUGCUAUGGAGGGUGUGAUAAAGCAUGCUGAGGAGAGCAGAAGCAGAUCUUUGUCAAAUGCCACUCGUUUGCAUGAUGAGUAUCUUCCAUUGAAAGGUGAAGUUGACAGGUUGAGGAGGGAAUGCCUGGGAUUAGAGCGGCUACCUGAACUGCAUGAGGAGGAUGGGAUGAAUAUUUCACCAGAUUUUUGCAGGCGUUUGUCGCAACUCUUCAAUUCAACUAAGCCGCAACCGGCCAGUUUCAGCAAGUCCACUUCGGAGUGGACGAGGCCGUUGACUUCCACAGAGACUUCCAUGGGUUCUCUGGCGGCGCCCAUGCCGCCCACUUUUUUGCCGCCUCCGAAUCCACUCCGACUAGUUACGAGCAAGCCGGAUACUGGAAGGGCUACAACUCUAUCGUCUUCUCCUCAUCCGGGACCUCCAACACCUACCUUCAGGUCGGACAUUGUCAAUAUGAGGCAACAACCACCUCCAAUGAAGUCGUGUUUGAGCUGUCACCAGCAAAUACACAGGAAUGCGCCGAUCUGUCCUCUAUGCAAGGCCAAGUCUCGUUCAAGGAACCCAAAAAAGCCCAAGAAGAAGGAACAUUGAUUGUUUCAUUCUCUUUGAAAUUAAUGAUGACUUAAGUAGGCUGAAUAAAUGAGUAUUGUUGGAGAAAUUAAUAUCCAUAUAGCCGAAGGUGGAGUGCAAGAAGUUUUUGUUAAUUGGAUUAUUCUAUAUCGCAAGUCCGACAACCGAAAGACCGUCUAUAUCAAAAUCUCGACAACCAUAAUCUCGACUGUAUCA